GGGAGCCGCCGCGACCAUGGCGGACCAGGAGCCGCAAGUUCCCGAGGACUUGUUCAGGGAGGUCAAGUACUACGCGGUGGGCGACAUCGACCCGCAGGUUAUUCAGCUUCUAAAGGCUGGGAAGGCUAAGGAAGUGUCUUACAACGCACUGGCCUCGCACAUCAUCUCAGAGGACGGGGACAACCCGGAGGUCGGGGAGGCCCGGGAAGUCUUUGAUUUACCUGUUGUGAAGCCGUCCUGGGUGGUUCUGUCUGUGCAGUGCGGAGCGCUCCUGCCAGUCAAUGGAUUUUCUCCAGAGUCCUGCCAGACCUUUUUUGGAGUCAUAGCCUGCCUGUCUCAGGUGUCACCUGAAGACAGGAGCGCCCUGUGGGCCCUGCUGACCUUCUACGGGGGCGCCUGCCAGCUGAGCCUCAACAAGAGGUGCACACACCUGGUCGUGCCGGAGCCGAAGGGGGAGAAGUACGAGUGUGCCCUGCGGAGAGCAAGUAUCAAAAUCGUGACCCCCGACUGGGUCCUGGAUUGCAUAUCCGAGAAAACCAAAAAGGAUGAAGCGUUUUAUCACCCUCGCCUAAUUGUUUAUGAAGAGGAGGAGGAGGAGGAGGAAGAGGAGGAGGAGGUAGACAAUGAGGAGCACGGCUCCCCAAACGAGGGCAGUACGGAUGACAAGUCGAGCCCUGCCAGUUCUCAGGAAGGGUCCCCUUCAGGGGACCAGCAGUUCUCUCCCAAGUCAAACCCUGAGAAAGCUAAGGGGGAGCUGAUGUUUGAUGAUUCCUCAGACUCAUCCCCUGAGAAGCAAGAGAGAAACCUGAACUGGACCCCUGCGGAGGUCCCCCAGGUGGCGGCGGCAAAGCGCAGGCUGCCUGUGGGCAAGGAGCCCGGCCUGAUCAACCUGUGUGCCAACGUGCCGCCCGUCCCCGGGGGCAUCCUGCCUUCCGACAGCCGUGGGGGCCUGAUGGCUUCGGGACCGAACCUCCAGAGUUCUGAGAGGUCAGACAUGCUGGCCGCCUGGAACCCCGCCGUGCGGACGCUGAGAAGCAUCCCUGGCAGCGCCGACGGUCAGCAGGUGAGCAGGCCGUCCAGCGUGGCCCACAUCUUACAGUCCCUUUCAGCACCUACAAAACAUAUUGAGCAGCAGGUGAAUCACAGCCAACAGGGCCACGCGAACACCAAUGCAGUGCUCUUCAGCCAAGUGAAAGUGCCUCCGGAACCACAGCUGUCCCAGCCGCCGCCGCAGCACCCCGUCCUGCACCUGCCACCCCAGCAGAUCAUGCAGCUUCAGCAGCCACCGCAGAUUCCACAGCAGCCGCCACACUCGUUCCCGCAGCCCCAGCCAGUCCCUCCGCACCCGUUCCCACAGCCACAGCCUCACCGCCCGCAGCAGCUCCAGCCUCUGCAGCAGCAGCAUGCCCUGCAGCACCAGCUGCACCAGCUGCAGCAGCAACAGCUGGCACAGUUACAGCAGCAGCAGCUGCAGCGCCUGCACCACCAGCAGCAGAUGCAGACGCACGCAGCACAGCACCUGAGUCAGACGCCGCAGGUGCUGCAGCACCAGGCUUCGCAGCACCAGGCUCCGCCCCUGCAGCCUCAGCAGCCACACCUGCCCCAGCAGCCACACCUGCCCCAGCAGCCUCAUCUGCCUCAGCAGCCUCACCUGCCCCAGCAGCCUCACCUGCCCCAGCAGCCUCACCUGCCUCAGCAGCCUCACCUGCCUCAGCAGCCUCACCUGCCUCAGCAGCAGCCUCAGCAGCCGCUCUUCGGACACGACCCAGCAGUGGAGAUUCCAGAAGAAGGCUUCUUGCUGGGGUGUGUGUUUGCCAUUGCGGAUUACCCAGAGCAGAUGUCCGAUAAACAGCUGCUGGCCACCUGGAAAAGGGUGAGGCUGUGCCUGGGAGAAGCGAGCUUUGCACCGGACGGUGCUCCCUCCCCAGCGGCCUUCCUCUGGCCGCCCUCACUGAGCUCCUGCUGUGCUCCGAGUGUGUUUUCGGCUUUGGCGUUCGCAUUCUCGGCCUGGGCAGGUCACUUUUCUGGGCUGCAGUUGGCUUAGCUAUAAGGGGGAUUGCUGGCUUUCUCAUUCCUAGGGUGUUCUCCACUUUGGGCUCCUAAGGGGCAUGACUUGUCUCUAUAACUGGGGGUGUGGGACGAAGAUCAGGUUGUGGUGACAGGGGAUCGGGCCUGUCAGCCUCUCUGCCUUGACCACUUCCAUCUGCAGAGGCUCUAGAGCAGUGGUUCUCAACCUUGGCU